AUGUCGAAGGUGACAUCUUUGAGGAACCUGUUGGGUAUUCUUAAAAGUUCUACGGAUGAGACUCAUAGCACGCCGAGCAUCUUGGAGAUAUCUGGGGACGAGCCAGACCAACUUGAUCAACAACAUAGAGAAAAAGUACUGAUCCCAAAUUAUCUCUUCCUCCCUCACGAGGCGGCUGCGGUUGUAUCCGAAUUUGAAGGGGAGAUGGUCAGAUCAUGGAAGUUUCGAUGGUGGAUCUCCGACGACGUUUUUGUUCUGUGCGAAACGGAGGGAUCUCGUGGGUUGGCUGCAUCGGUGGAAGGCUCUGUUCAGCUUGUGAUGUUUUGUUAUAAUGUUGUUUUCCAGGGUGGCCUGUUUGCGCCUAACAACGAUGAAGACCUGAGGACAUGGGUCAUAGAGGAUCCUUGGGAUCAUGGGUGCUAUUUUAUCGAGCACUGGGACAAUGUUUUUACCAACGUAUCUUCGUGCUCGGUCGAUGAUGACGACACAUAA